UUCUUUUUUUUUUUUUUUUCCUUUCCUCUCCCUUCCUUAGGUGCACUCUCUCUCUCUGUUUCUUUAUUUUUCUUUCUCCCUUUCUUCAUAUUAUUUUGUACAGUUUUCUCUUCUUUAUUAUUAUUAUUAUUAUUAUCUUUUUACUUCCUCCAUCUUAUCUUUUGUAUACAUUUUUUUUUUAUUUUUACACAUCUUUUAUUAUUUUAUCUUUCAUGGAAAACCACAAGAAUACCACUUCAUCAACUACUACACCUCAACUUUGCGCUGCUGGCUGUGGAUUUUAUGGUAGUGAACAUUUUCUUGGUCUUUGUUCGAAAUGUUAUAGUGCUAAAAACAAAAGUGCUUCUUCCACUUCACCAAAACUAUCUAGUACCGAAUCUUCAUUACCUGUUUCCGAUAAUAACACAACCAAGAAAUCCGAUAAUACCAACGAAGAAGGCUCUACCUUGUUACGCAAACAUCCUCGACCAUCAUCUAUCAUUUCAGAAGAUCAUGAACUCAAUACAAAUUCUUCUCCAUCUAAUACGGAUAAGUCAAGUAAAACAACUGUAGCAACAACAACAACAACAACAAAAACACAAGUAACACCUACAACCACAACAACAACAACAACUAUACCCAAUCCUCCCAGCACAGUAUCAACACCAAGUUUAGGCGAUAGUAGCGAAGGAAAUACACCAACAAGUUCUCAUAAGCCAGUACAGACAAAUAAAGGACGAUGCUUCAAAUGUAGAGUAAAGGUGCCAUUGGCGAAACAAACAAUCAACAAAUGUAGAUGUGAUUAUGUAUUUUGUGAUUCACAUCGAUUCCCUGACAGGCAUGACUGUGAAGUAGAUUAUGCUAAAAUUGGUCGUGAUCUCCUUGCAAAGAAUAAUCCAAAACUCCAUGAACGACCUAAAGGUGGAAGAUCAUUCAAAAGAAUUGACAGUCUUUGAAACAUCAACUUCUCUUUUUCUUACAGUUGGUCCUCAUACAGUUAGUAUAUUACUAGUUUACAUCCCUUUCGAUUAGUAGCCUUUCUUUUUUUUUUUAUCAACCAGGAUUAUCACUUCUACAAAUAAAGAAUUUCGAUUCUUUUUUUUUUUAUGGACCAAUGA